AUGGAGUAUGCAGUGACUGGGAAUGUGACAGCGGGCCAGGCGGCGAUUGACAAGUCUACGUUCAUGAACUACAAGGAGGUGAUGAAAGAAUGUUUGGUGGUGGCCCCCUCGAAGAGGAGGCCGUGGGAUCUCAUGAAACAGCUGGAUCUCAACCGGCGCUGUCGGAAGCGCCUCUACAACUCCCCCUCCUGGGUCGUUCGCUGGGAUGCCCCGUCUGUUGAGCGGAGAAAGGACCCCAUGAAGCACAUGAGCCAGUCAGGAGACUCUAUCUAUGUGAAUGUCAACACUUUGUUGAUUGGCACUGAGUUUGAAGAUGUUUGGAAGGUGCUGAUAUGGGCCGCCACCAGCGGCAAGAUCAGUGCUGUGGUUGCAGCGGACUGUUCUGGUAAGCCAAUGGACCAGAUCGUGGCGGCUCCUCACCGGAGCAAAGUGCACUUUUUUCAUGCUGCCGCCUCCGCAGGCAGGACUGUUCGAGGCCAAGGUGUUGUUCGUCUCUUUGUCGAGGACUUAGACAAGGCGGCCCGGCAAGAUCAGGAGGAUGAUCCUCCCACGUGGCCGGCGUGGACGCGAUGUGUGGACACCUUGGAGUACAUGACUGAAAUGGGAUUGUUUGAUAUCUCUAUUUCCCAGUUCACAGGGGAGCGCUACGUGAAGUUGGCCAAGCUUGAUGGCGAUGCGGCAUGGAGACUCCAUGUUAUGAGAGGGCAUCAGCCAUUCCGCCGGGAUUGCUCGGUUUGUGUUCGAAACAGUGCGUCGGGCAGACAGCACCGCACCACGAUGCAUCCCAUGGCCUACAGUUUGAGUGUGGAUGUAGUUGGGCCAUUGAAGGGCUAUGGAAAGUCUCCCGAUGGGAAGUUUUUCAAGUACUUUGUCAUUGGGGCCUUCAGGAUUCCGCAAGUUGAAGGUGCACAUGGUCAUCCUGAGGUACGAGGGCACCCCAUUCCCGCGGAUGAUGAUUCCACGGAUGAUGAAGACCAGCUUUCCGAGGAGGAGGAAGCUGAUGAUGGUCCAGUUGAGUCUGAUCACCUGGAUGAAGCUCAAGUUGACCGAGAAAAGGAGCAGUGGAAACAGUUGCUCGCCACCUUCAAGGAGCCGAUCGCCACCAACACAAUCUACUUUGCGGUUCCGGUGAAUAACAAGAAGGCGGCCUCCAUGCUCCCUGCGGUCCAGAAAAUUGUUAUGGAUGUGAAGGCCCUGGGCUACCCAGUGACCAGAUUGCAUUCGGAUCGAGGCGGUGAGUUUCGUGGGCAUUUGGUCCGUCGGUGGGCAUUAUCCCAAGGUAUGUGGCCUACUACCACCUCGGGCUCAGAGUCGGCGUCCAAUGGAGUGGCGGAAGCUGGUGUGCGUUACUUGAAGAGACGCGCCCGCAUCCUCCUCGAUAGCGGCAAGGUUUCCAAGGAGAACUGGCCUACGGCGGUUCAGUAUGCGGCCGCCCAGCAGAGGAGCGAUCAACUUGGGGUUUUGUCACCUCUUCCAGUCGCUUACGGAACCAAGGUUUAUGUGAAGACCAAGAAGUACAAGACUGGAGCAGUGGAGGACUUUGGGCACCACUGGGUACAAGGAAGGUAUGUGGGUCCGUCUACAGACAUCAGGGGUGGUCAUGUCAUCUUGAAGCAGUCAGGCACUUUUGUCCAGACCACCCACGUGAGGAUCACCCAGGACCCUCCAUCACUUGAUGAAGUUGCUCCAGUUGUGUUGGUUGAAGAACCGGUGCCCUUGCCCAACGAAGCGCCGGAACCUCCUCUACCACCACCUCCUGGACCUCCACCAGCUACAAGGCUUCGUGAAAAGACUCCUAGCGUUGCCUAUGUGGGCGAGACGUACGAGUCCAGUGUUGGAUUGUCAGAGAUCCGGUCUCUUGUGGGUGAGGCAGAUGAGGCUGAACCGAUUAUGAAGUAUUUGAGGGUCGAGGAGAUCCAGUAUGUGGAAGCUGUGGCGGAACAGCUCUUUAAGGAGGAGAAGUACGAGGCAGAGGACGUCGAGCGCAUCAUGGGUCAAGGUUUGAUUCUGGGCGCUUUUGUUCAUGGUGGAUCGUUUGGGGUCACUCGCUAUGGCCGGGACCUUCCAUGGGUGACCAAAUACCUCAACCACUACGUCCGUCAGAAGAUUGAAAAGGCCCAGGUCUCCUACCAUCCUACCUGGACAACGAUUGCUGUCCAAUGUGCCGACCAGAUCCCUCGCCAUCGAGAUGUUCACAAUGAAAGAGGCACCUACAACUAUGUUUGCGAGAUCAAGCGACCUCCUUCUGCUGGGUUGUGGGUCGAGGACAAAGGGGGUGAGCGCCGGGUUGUUGGCGGCUCUGACCCUCGAGAUCAUCAGAUUGAGGGCCACGACGGUGUCAUGUAUGAUGGGUGUUUGCUCGAGAUUACCGAGAAGCCAGCAGUGUUUGAUCCGCUGGUUCCCCAUGCCUAUGUGAAGGAUGACAACAAAAGGUGGUUCAUCUCGGCAUAUACCCCACAAGGUGCACCAAAGUUGAAGGCCAGCGACAAGGAGUACCUUGAACGUGUAGGUUUUCCUCUGUCUGAGGAGGAGGAGGAGGAGCGCCAGCAGGCCAGUGGGGCACUGGAAACCAGACCGGUGCUAAAGGCUACAUCCUUGCCUUCGGGGACAUUGAGUGGAGCUCAUGUUCAGUCGGAUGAUGUGGAUGCAGCUACCAUUGGCGAUUGUGAUGAAACCCUAUGGGAUUGGGCUAUGUAUGUAGAGAAUGAGUUUUCAGCUGGUGAUGCAGAUGAAGUUCAAGCUAAUGCUCCUGGCCUUCGCAAGGUGUGUGGCUCUGAUGAUCCUGGAUGUGAGCUCCCUAUGUUGAUUAGGAAGUCAGAUGUGUUGGUUGAGGAGGAGUCAGGCCCGAACCUCCAAGAUGACUUUGCUGGUAGCCUGGAGUACUGGAACAAGUUGGGUGUUCUUCAGGACGUUCCCCGAGUUGCGAAGCUCGAGCCAGAGUACACUGACGGCGUGGAGGAUAUCAUCAGUGAGGCGGUCCGCGCCCGGACCCCCCUUCGUCAUACCUACAACGUAAGCCCCAAGGAGGCUCGAAGCGUCAUCGAGAAGUGGCGCCCGGCGAUUAGCAAGGAGGUUGGCGUCGUCGAGAAGGGGUUCAAGCGGAUCCAUGUGAAAGACAUUGAAGCGCUCAAGGCCGAGUUUGAGGUGCAAGAGUUGCCGUCGAAGCUGGUGUACACUGUGAAGCCACCGACCUCAUCUACUACCACCGCAACAGAGGACGAAUCGUCCUUUUGUCGGCGUAAGGCCCGCAUAGUGUGUUGCGGCAACUUCGCUGAUGGUGAUGCCGGCGACAUUUUCGCAGGCGGUGCUGCAGCAGAAAGUCUUCGAUGCGCCCUCACCUACACCACCAAAAGGAGGUGGAUUCCGGGCAUCGUCGACGUCACCGGAGCGUUCAUGUUGACCCCGCUGCCAGGUGGGAGAGGAGCUGUUUGGUACAUCAUCCGCCCCCCAGCGGCUUUGGUCCAGCUUGGACUCGCUGAGGAGUCCGAAAGGUGGCUGUUGACGCAUGGCAUGUACGGCCUACGACAAUCCCCUCGCCUAUGGCAAGAGUUCAGGGACUCAGAGCUUAAGCAGAUGAAGUUUGAUCAUGAAGGUCGCACAUGGUCCUUGAAGCAGGGUCAAGCCGAACCAAAUCUUUGGCUGGUUUAUGAGGUUGGAGCCCCUGCUGACCAAGAGUCUGGAGGACUUAUCCUUGUCUAUGUCGACGACAUUAUGCUGGCGGGCCCCUUAUCGCUUGUGAAGGGCAUGGCUUCUACGAUUGGGAAGAUUUGGAAGGUCUCAGAGCUGGAUGUGCUGUCUGCUGAUCAUGAUAUCAGAUUCUUGGGAUGUGAGAUUGCCACUAACGAGAACAUGGACUGCAUUUAUGUGCACCAGCGACCGUACAUCAAUGAGAUUCUUCGUCAUCAUGAAGUACCUCCACAAGCGGUUUCUUACAUUCAGGCUCCCCGCGAGCUGGUGACUUUCGAAGCAUUUGAGGGCGAGGAGCGGGGCACGGACUCGGAGAUCAAGGAAGCUCAGCGACUAUGCGGCGAACUACUGUGGCUUGCGCAAAGGUCGAGGCCGGACGUUGCCUACGUUGUGAGUGCCAUGGGUUCCUUGUUGAGCCGAGCUGCGCCUAGGUGCAUUGCGAUUGGGGUGCGACUUCUGUCGUACUUACAACAGACUCGUGACCUGGCACUGACUCUGAGGUCGGUGUCAGAUGAGUUGGUUGCCUACUCUGACAGCUCUUUCGCUCCAAGUGGGGCCCGGAGUUUUUCGGGAGUGGUCUUAACAUGGAUGGGCUCACCCAUCACUUGGCGGGCUGCCAAACAGCCCUUCGUGUGUUUGAGCACGGCGGAAUGUGAGUUGGUCGCAGCCAUCGAGGCCUUGUCUAUGGCUAAGUCGCUGGAAUCUGUCAUCAAGCAGGUGGACCCCAGCUCACGAGGCAUUGUUCUGGGCAUCGACAAUCAGGCUACGAUUGCCAUAGCGAAGCCCACAACCACUGCGUCUUGGAGGACAAGGCAUUUGCGGGUCAGGGCGGCUUACAUUCAUGAGCAGAUAGAGUUUAAGGAGGUGACGGUGAGAUAUGUGCCGGGAAAAGAACAAUGGGCGGACCUCCUCACGAAGAGUUUUCCGAGGCAAAGGCUACAAGAGUUGACCUCGUUGUGGGGAUUCUUGAACUUGGUGCAAGAAGCUGCUCGGGUCUCUAUGGUGAGAGCCAUGGUUUUCUGCAUGAUGGUUCAAACCUCAAGGGCGCAACCGGUCGAUGAGGAACCGCUUGCUUUGACGGCCUCGUUUGAGCUGUAUGUGAUGGUGAUCCUCUUGGGUGUAGCUGUCGUGGCAGCUUGGGAGUUUUUGUGGUGGUGUGUUGAUCGCUGCUGUGGUGAAGUUAGGCCCUCACGUUCCGCCAGGCGCCUACGAGGUCUUCAAGAGACCAUCCAAAGGGAGAUUGAGAUUCAGAUGGCUGAGCGACAGUCAACCCCUGAGCAAGUUCCUCAGAGUCCGUUGGACUCAUCGCCUCCGACGAGGACCCGAUCUUCGAGGAUUACUCCGCAGAGCUCCCCCGCACCAAGAGCCACGUCUUCUAUGAGCACAGUGCGCACGCAGGCCCUGGAAACCAGGGAGGUUGGAACUCAGUUGGAUUCCAGCCCACUUAUAUGCUACCAAGAUCGCCCGGUUCCUACUCCAGUACCAGACCCGAUCAACUGGAACUAUCCCCUUUAUGUGAGUCCGACUGGCGACACGUACCACACGUACGAGAACUGUUGGGGCUUAAGGAACACGAGGGCAAGACCUGUGCGCUUCUGUCAGUGUUGCCGGGACAACCAAGGUCGAUCCCUAAGGGACCGUUGA